AUGCAUAGAUGCAAGGCUGCUGACGCACUGGUGAUGGAGAACGCCUACGAGCUAAUCAUCAUAAGCGAGCAAUACAAAAAGAAAGAGAGAGGUACGUGGCUGGAAGAUAGCAGCUCGACCGCCAUCAGUGUAGACAAAGGGAACGGCAAUGGUUUUGUCUGGGCCAAAUGCGACCUUUUUACAGUAAUUAGCUGCUACUUAACGCCAAGCGACAGCAUACAGGAAUUCCAAGAAAAGCUCGACAAUAUUGAGGACACAGCCAGGUCUAUAGAAGGUCAACUAAUAAUCGCCGGAGACCUAAAUUCCAAAGCCGUAGAGUGGGGUAUGCCAAAUACGGAUUCGAGGGGAAAGCGCAUCCUAGAAAUGGCUGCGCGUCUAAGUCUAAUAGUACCCAACACGGGAAAUGCAACCACGUUUAGAAGACCGGGAUGCGAGGAAACUACACCAGACAUCACUCUAUCAUCAGAACGCUUGGCAUGCUCAAUAAAGAAAUGGAAAGUCCUGGAGGACUACACUGGUAGCGAUCACCAGUACAUUUCCUUCACUAUCGAUACUGGAACAAACGCUAACCAUAUGGAAGAACUUAAUUCCAUGGAUCACGCAGAGCUGUCAGUCAGAUCAGAACAGCUCGAUCGUAUUCAACAUCAAUUCGAAUUAACGCAGUCACAAUUGGAGGAAGAGAACCCUGAUGAGCUUGAAACCUCCACUCGCGAUGAAUUCGCUGCGACUUUCAUCAGAGUUAAGGCAGCGUUUACGAGGGAGUUAAGCAAGUUGGAUCCUCAAGUAAUGUCAUCUACGAGAAAUCAACCUUUACAGGAGCAGCCAUUGGUCAUUGUGAUGAAACAACCAAAGUCUCGUCUGCCGCAGUUGCAGCUACCAUCAUUUGGAGGAGCGUAUACUGAUUGGCCGAAUUUUUUUGGCAUGUUUCGAACAAUAGUACACGAUGACACAGAAUUGUCAAACUUGGAAAAAUUCCAGCAUCUUCGUUCAUGCCUAAAGGGAGCAGCACUGGAUACUAUCCAAUCACUUGAAAUGCGUGACGAAAACUACACAAUUGCUAUGAAAUUACUUAGUCAAAGAUUUAGCAAUCGACGUUUGAUUUUUCAGGCACACAUUCAAGAGCUAUUCGGAUUGCAGAGGGUGAGCACUGACAAGAAAUCAGGAGAGUUGUGUUCGCUGGUGGACAAAUUAGUAUCGCAUGUUCGAGCCUUGCAUUCGUUGGGUACGAUCGAACAAAUAGCUGAUUGUUUGCUUCAGUAUAUCGCUGCACAGAAAUUAGAUCCCGAAACACACGCAUUGUGGGAAGAAAAGAUUCCAGUUGAGGAGUUACCCACGUGGACGGAUAUGACUACGUUCUUGCAGAGGAGGUGUCAAACAUUAGAAAAUGUGACUCAUGCUAUAGUAACAAAAACACCUAGCACACAGGUGAGCAAUACAAAAUAUCGUAAAAAUGCGUUUGUUGUUUCUAAGACUUCCACCAAAAGUUGUGCGAUUUGUCAAAAGCAUGACCAUAUUGUGUACACGUGCCCACUAUUCGCAAGUUUGAGUCCAAGUGACAGGUGGAAGGAAGCCAAAAGAGCACAUCUGUGCAUAAAUUGUCUCAAACCAGGACAUCAGGUGCAGCAAUGUAAAUCUUCUACAUGUCGUUGUUGUUCCAUGAAGCAUCAUACCCUGCUGCAUUUUACUCAAGUCCACCCAGCCGCAACUGGUAUUUCUGAAACCACACCUGGUCCAUCACAGCCAGCUGUCCUCGUCACAAGGACAUCAAAAAGUCGCUCACCUUCACCUCAGUCACGCUCUUGUUCAACUGAAUGUGUGCUUCUUGCAACUGCUAUUGUUUUCGUUCGCAACAGUGUCGGAUCGCUAAUACCAUGUCGCGCGAUCCUCGAUUCUGCUUCACAAAUCAACUUUAUAACGACGAGAUUAGCAAAUCAAUUACAAAUUAAAAAAUCUAAAUCAUCGUUAGCAGUUUCCGGUAUCGGAGAUUCGGAAUUUAUUGUUAAUUCUAGCGUCAACAUUUCAAUUCAUUCUGUACAUAACAGCUUCAGUGCCAAUUUAGAAUCUGCCGUAACUCCAACAAUCACCGAUUAUCAGCCAAAUUAUCCACUCGAAAUCUAUGAUUGGGAUAUUCCAGCGAAUAUCAACUUAGCUGAUCCCGAGUUUCAGAAGCCCCAACGUGUGGAUCUUCUCAUAGGUGCAAGCAUAUUUUUUGAUUUGCUUUGCAUUGGUCAAAUUCGUUUAAAAAAUAAUUAUAUUCUCCAAAAAACUCGUUUUGGAUGGAUCGUAUCGGGUGGCCAAAGCACAUCGCCAAAGCUAUCAUCGUUUACAACAACAGUAACAACAUCUCUUGAGUGUGAUGCAGAUCAGCCAUCUACCAAUGAACUGGUGCGUUCAUUUUGGGAAAUAGACAACAGCUUUGAGCCCAUUAGUAAGGCAACAAGAGAGGAACUCGAUUGCGAAGAUCACUUUAAGGCAAACUACAGUCGUUUGCUGACAGGCGAAUAUUCGGUUCGCUUACCUCUAAAGCCCAGUAUUAGCCUUCUUGGUGAUUCCUACGAGCAAGCGUUACGACGGUUUCUAACUCUUGAGAGGCGUCUCGAACGUAAUAAGGAAGUAAAAUUACAAUACGUAUCUUUUAUGAAGGAAUACCUCGAACUUCAACACAUGUCUCCAGUAUCGAAGCCAAUACCAUCGCUACCCACAUAUUUUAUCCCACAUCAUUGCGUGUUCAAAAACGAUAGCACAACAACAAAGCUUAGAGUCGUAUUCGACGGCUCAGCACAGACUACAACUGGUUAUUCAUUAAACAAUGCGUUGAUGGCAGGUCCAACCAUUCAACCAAAGUUAGCCGACACUCUCCUUCGUUUUCGUGCAAAUCCAGUCGCCCUAACAGGAGACAUUUGCAAAAUGUAUCGGUGCAUUCGAGUUACCGCACCUGAUAAUUACUUGCAAUGCAUACUUUGGAGGGACGAUCCAAAAGAUGACAUAAAAAUAUUCAAACUCGAUACGGUUACUUAUGGGACAAAGUCUGCACCAUUUUUGGCUAUUCGCACCAUGCAUCAACUUGCGGUCGAUGAAGCAGUUUUAUACCCCAUUGGCUCCAAAAUAAUUCAACGCGAUUUUUAUGUCGACGACUUAAUCACUGGUGCGCACACCAUUGAAGAAGUAAAAGAAAUAGUGAAACAAACCUCUGAGCUGUUAGGUAAAGGAAAUUUUAAAAUUCGAAAGUGGUGUUCAAAUAAACCACAAGUGCUUAGCAAUGUGCCGGAUACAGAUAAGGAGAAAUUAAUCAAAUUCGAUGAUGGAAGUGUUUUGACAAAGACGCUUGGACUUCAAUGGAAUCCCGAGGCUGAUAUUUUCAUAUUUUCGUUUACUCCUCGCCAAAACAAUAGAAAAAUUACUAAGCGCUCAGUUUUGUCGAUUAUUGCUCAACUUUAUGAUCCAUUGGGAUUAAUUGGACCCGUAGUGUGCAAGGCAAAAAUAUUCCUUCAGCGACUGUGGGUGGAGAAGAUCGAUUGGGAUGAAAGUCUACCAAUGACUUAUCAAACAGCAUGGCUUCAAAUUUACGAUGAGUUUAGUAGUAUAGGAAAUAUGACCUUUCCACGAUAUGUUGGCUUACCAAAGUCUAGCUUGGAAUUACAUGCCUUUUGUGAUGCCAGUCUCUCAGCUUACGGCACCUGUAUCUACGUAGUAUCUCGUUUAGGUGGACACGCACAUUCCACGUUGCUCUGUUCAAAAUCAAGGGUUGCGCCAUUAAAAACGGUCACAGUUCCUAAACUAGAGUUAUGUGCAGCUGCGCUUCUGGCUCAAGUUCAUUGGUCGCCGAGGGAUGCCACAGACGAUAUACAGCGACAACGCAACGAACUUCGUCGGCGCCGAUCGCAGGAGUUGCGCGAACUCAAAGAGGCGUUUCUGUCCCAGUCUCCAGAAGUACUGAAAUUCGCCGCCGUAGAAGGGUUCAAAUUCGCCUUUAUACCACCGAGGGCGCCGCACUUCGGCGGGUUAUGGGAGGCGGCAGUGAAGUCCGCCAAACAUCUCGCCGUGCGCGCAAUGGGCAACGUGCUGCUCACCGCCGAAGAGCUAGGAACACUGAUAGCCGAAGUGGAGGCCAUCCUCAACUCGCGGCCCCUCGCACCGUUGAGCCAGGAUCCCAACGAUGGCGAAGCAUUGACUCCAGCAUACCUAUUAAUAGGUUUGCGUUCAAAUGACGAUUCGAACAAUCUGAUACGUUUAUAUACUCGUUCAUGCUUUUAUGCGACUAGUGAUACGUUCACGGAUGUAACGAUUCGACCCCAGGUGACCAAUCUCAACAUUGAAAUUCAGAACAAGUUACCAGGCACUGUGACAACGUACAAGUCCAUUGAUACAGUUAUUGAUCAAGAACAAGCUGUCAACUACCCUGUAGAGUUUCUGAAUUCGUUAGAACCGUGA